GGAGCAGGUGGCGGGCUGGUGGCCUCUGCCGGCUGGUGCUGGCGAGACAGUGGAGGCUCAGCCUCUGGGUCUGGAGACCCGGCUUCCUCCUUUCCCAUCGGUGCCUGCCCCUCGAUGCCUGCCAGACUGUUGCCCGUCCCAGGGCCCCCGCCUGACCAGCCUCCCACCCCAGACUGACGGGGGAGUCGGGGGCUUCACUGUCUGGGGGCCUGGUACCAAUGCACUGCCGGGCCUUUCGGAGCCUGGCAGGAGCCCUCUUCACCCUCCUGUGCGUGGGACUCCUGUCUCUCCGAUACCACUCUAGCGUGUCCCUGCGGGUGGCGCAGGACACGCUCAGGCUGAGCCAGCCGAACCCAGGGUCCCUGGAGCUGCAGCUGGCCGACAUCUUCAUCGCAGUCAAGACUACCUGGGCCUUCCACCGCGCUCGCCUGGACCUGCUCCUUGACACGUGGGUCUCCAGGACCAGGCAACAGACAUUCAUCUUCACUGACAGCCCAGACGGAAACCUCCAGGAGAGACUGGGUUCCCACCUCGUGGUCACCAACUGUUCCGCAGAGCACAGCCAUCCUGCUCUGUCCUGCAAGAUGGCUGCAGAGUUCGAUGCCUUCUUGGCCAGUGGGCUCAGGUGGUUCUGCCACGUGGACGACGACAACUACGUGAACCCCAGGGCACUGCUCCAGCUGUUGAGAACAUUCCCGCAGGACCGCGACGUCUAUGUGGGCAAGCCCAGCCUGAACCGGCCCAUCCACGCCUCUGAGCUGCAAUCAAAAAACCGCACGAAGCUGGUACAGUUCUGGUUUGCCACAGGGGGUGCUGGCUUCUGCAUCAGCCGCCAGCUGGCUUUAAAGAUGGUGCCAUGGGCCAGCGGCUCCCACUUCGUGGACACUUCUGCUCUCAUCCGCCUCCCUGACGACUGUACCGUGGGCUACAUCAUUGAGUGCAAGCUGGGGGGUCGCCUGCAGCCCAGCCCCCUCUUCCAUUCACACUUGGAGACCCUGCAGCUGCUGGGGGCCGCCCAGCUUCUGGAGCAGGUCACCCUCAGCUACGGUGUCUUUGAGGGGAAACUGAACAUCAUCAAGCUACAGGGCCCCUUCUCCCACGAAGAGGACCCUUCCAGGUUUCGCUCCCUCCAUUGUCUCCUCUACCCGGACACACCCUGGUGUCCCCUGGCGGUGGCACCGUGAGCUCUGAACUGCUGCAGAGAUUGAUGGACACUUCUGCCUGCUCCCCCAUCCCCUAAGUGGUCCCGAGGGCUCCUGGGCGAGUGCCCAUGACAGAUGGUUCCUCGUAGGACCUCUGGGUGACAGGAAAGGCCGGGACCUGGACUGUGGCUGGUGUUGAACGUGUGUCAGGCCCAGGCACCUGGUCACACUGUAGAGACUGUGAGUUAGGGGGUGCUCAGGGUCCUUACUCUCCUGAGAGAGACGUGUGCCCUGACUGGGGGGUCUGACCUCUGGCUCUGGCCUCAGCCAUUCCUUGAAGACCAGCCCCAUCAGGACAAAACCAGGGUCUGUGACCUGCGGCUGCGGGACUGGUCUCAGUUGCUCCUGGCUCUCUGUACCUGACCAAUGGACCUGGACUUUGGGAGCUCAGCAAGGUCAGAUGGCUCAUGGUGGUUCCCUGUCAAUUGUGCCCUACCUUUGGUUCAUUGUCCCAGCCUUCUUUGCUGUGAGGAGUUACCAUAUAGCUCAGCGGGAACUGAGGAAAGCCAGUUGAGGCUUCUGGAGUAAGUUCCACAGCCAAAGACCCUUUCUUCCUGCUGUGAAUGUGGGUAUGAUGGCUGGAUCUGGGGAAGCUACUUUGCCACCAUGAGGGAAAGGCCCAGACAAUCAUUUAGAGCUGUUCUUUCUGACAUCUGAUCUGUGAGAAAUUAAACCUUUAUUUAAGUC